UUUUCUUGCAUAAAUGUAUUCCUGUUCGUAUUAGAAUGUGUUCGAGAAAGCUCAAGGAGUAUUCUUUGUAGGGCGUUUUGCUUGUAAGUUGUAAAUUUGGAAUGGAUUGGUUGAAACGGGAACAAGGCGUGCCUAAAAUUUCAAAUGUGCCAGUUCGUUAUUUUUUAACACUUGAGGAAGAUAAUGAUCUUGCAUGUUGGAAUUUCAGAUGCUUUCUUUUGUAUUUAGCUCUGAAAACUUAUUCUAUCAUUUCAACAUUCCUUGCUCUUUUGCUCUUGGGAGUUUUCAGCUGUUAGGUCUUGAGAAUGGCAUAUGCACUUCAGAUUUAGUGUCUAAGCUACUGUUGCAUAAAUGUUUUCAUUUAGUAUUUAGGAUAAAGCUCUGAUAUUCUCCUUCAUUAUCAAAGAUGUCACAUGUCAUAUCUUGUAUGUUCCAAAUGAGGAAACGGGCUAUUGGAAAAUCGAUCUGAGACUAUCCUGAAAUGUUCUCAUGUGAAAUUUUUGUAGGUCUAUUUAAAUUAUUUGAACAGUAUGACAUGCAUGCUGGUAUAGUUCAUCCUGCCUUCUUUCCAGAAUGCUUAUUUCUAGUUCCUUGAUGGUCUAUAAUCUUUAAGUUGUAUUCUUCAAGAAUGUUGCUCAGAGAUAUAAAUUGGAUCGUUUGACCAAAUUUGGAGGAUAAAACAGUAGAAAUUAAUUCAGGCUAGAGUUGACAAGGCCACUAUUAAACAGUGAAUCCAUCUAUUUUUAUUCAGUGUAAAUUUAGUAGAAAUUUUUUCUCAUGGCAAUAACAUCAAAAGUAACAGGUUUGUGCUGCUAUAUCCAAUUAAAACUCCAAAGGGUGUAGCAUGAUUCUUAAAUGUGACAUAGCAUGAGGACCUUACAAAUGCCUUUUGGUAUGAGUUCACUCGCAAGUUGAGACUUCAUGACCCCAUGGGUCAAUAUAAAGCAUUUUCAGACUGUUUGUUAGGAGUUGAUACUCUGGUCAUUUAAGAAAAUUUCACUAUUUGUUAGUUAGAAGCUUUUGGCAACAUUUUGGAUAACAUGCAAACUGUAGAAUCUCUAUAUUGCCUUAUUUUGUCAAGAUGACUCCUUUUUUCCAAAGGAAAAUGACAUCAUUGGGGCAAAAGAAAGCAUUGAUGAUCUUAAAUGCUCAGAUUGGACUUGUGAUUCAUCCAUGAAAUCAAGGUUUUGUAAUAGACCCUUCAAAAUGCAGCCAUUUGAGUUUGGAGGAGAAGAGAGAGUUAGUUCAUGAAAUAUCACGGUGGGCUGACAAUGCACCUGAAAUUCUCCAGUCCUGGAGUCGUCGAGAGCUUCUCCAAUUAAUCUGUGCUGAAAUGGGAAAAGAAAGGAAGUACACUGGAGUAACCAAACCUAAGAUGAUCGAACAUUUGCUAAAGCUAGUUUCUCAAAAUAUAGCAAAAGAAGAUGAAGCAAGCCCUUUAUCAAUCUUAUCAAAGAGUCAAAACGGAUUGAAAAAGAAAAGGAAAAAGGAAAAUCCUCUACAGCUUGCUCCCAAUAUAACUCAUGCUAUGGUGAAAGUCACAGAAGAUCCGAACACCACCUUAAUCUGCCAAAAUCCAGCUUGUCGAGCCACAUUAACUAUAGAUGUUGGAUACUGUAAGCGAUGUUCUUGCUGCAUCUGUCAUCGUUAUGAUGACAACAAGGAUCCUACCCUUUGGUUAUUUUGCAAUUCAGAUCCGCCUUACCGUGGCAACUCAUGUGGUAUGUCGUGCCAUUUGAAAUGUGCGCUUAAACAUGAAAAAGCUGGCAUAAUGAAGACUGGGUGUUCCCCAAAAUUGGAUGCCAGUUUCUUUUGUGUUUGCUGCAGGAAAGUGAAUUGGCUGAUUGGAAGUUGGCGAAAACAAAUAUUUGCUGCCAAGGAAGCUAGGAGAGUGGAUGUCUUAUGCGAGCGUCUAUGUCUAAGUCACAAAAUGCUCAAAGGAACCGAAUGCUAUAAAGAGCUACAAAAUGUUGUCAAUCUGGCAGUACGGAUGCUCAAGAAAGAAGUUGGACCUCUCGACAAGGUCUCUACCGUAAUGGCAAGAGGCAUAGUCAAUCGGCUCAACUGCGGUUCAGAAGUUCAGAGACUCUGUGCCUCUGCAUUGGAGGCUGUAGACUCCCUGCUUUCCACUUCGUCUGACCUAUUGCUCGGUGUCAACAUGAAUGCUCCAGUUGGCAAAGGUUCUCAGCCAUUCCACAUUGAUUUUGAAGAUGUCUCUCCAUUUUCAGUCGUAGUGUCUCUUCAAUCCCAGGACGAUAUGUUUGAAGAAAACAUUAUAGGUUGUUCUCUCUGGUAUCGUAAGUAUGAUGAAACAAACUAUACUGAAGAACCCACCUGCCUUGUAUUGAGGCCUGACACAAAGAUUAUGAUAUCGGGGCUUAGCCCUUUAACUGAGUAUUACUUCAGAGUUUCAGCUUUUAGCAGCACCAAGGAACUUGGUAAGUGGGAGGCCAAAUGUGUGACAGAGGGCCUCAUUGGCCAAUGCUCGACCCGGAACUCCGAUAGUGCUUACAUUAGUGAAGAUUUCAUCUCGAUUUCGAAGAAGGAACAGGACAUGGCUGAGCUACCGACACUCAUUCAAUCAGAUUCACAGAGAGGUUCAACAAACACAAGCGAUAACAACCAUGCACCAGAGCUUCCCAAGUUCAGCCACAUCAACCACCAUAAGGUUUUACCGUCGGAGGAUGCCAGUGACAACAACAACAACAAAAGGCAUUUAACUCCACCGUCGAGUUUGGUACCUUUCACCUGCACAAAACGCACCUUGUUAGAACCUUGCGAAGCCAAAAUCAACGACACACCGGAUUCAGCCAGUAAGAAAGAAACCGCAGAGGGGCAGUAUGAGUACUGUGUUAAGGUGAUCAGAUGGCUGGAAUGCGAGGGGCACAUGGAGAAGGAAUUCCGAGUGAAGUUCCUUACCUGGUUCAGUCUGAAAGCGACGCCGCAGGAAAGAAGGGUUGUGAGUGCCUUCAUAGACGUGUUGAUCGACGAACCCGCGAGUCUAGUGGCACAACUGAUGGAUGCUUUCAUGGAUGGUAUAUGCACAAAGGAGAAACCACUGUUGCACAAAGGAUUAUGCACGAGACUUUGGCAUUAACCUUCGGCACGCUACCGAAUUCUAUAGCUUGCCACUUUUGUAUCGAAUGAAUGCUACUUUGCAUUACAGUGAAUUGGAGUUAGUUUCUUCUGAUUCAUUAUGAUUUUGCAGUAGUUUGAAGUUUGUAAUGGUGGGAAAAAAAAUGCUCUCUGCUAAUUUGUACUCAUUUUGUUUAAUGUCAUUGUUAACUCGUGUAGUUUCUAGCCA